AACACAUCAAAAAAGAAAUAAAAACAUUUUUAAACAUUUUAAAUUUAGAAUUUCGAUCUUUUAAAGGCUUAAAGACAGGCAUAAAGUGUCGGAUUUAUCAACUGUUAGUUUCAUUUCGUUUGGAGUUCAUGAAUUAUCUGGGAAAACUUUGAAUAAAUUGGUCCCAAUUGUAUGAAAUAAAUGAUAAAUUUGUCAUUACAAUUUUUUGUCUUCCUCACGCUAUUUGUAUUCUUGGAAAACUUGCAAAAACGUGGAAAUUUUGCAAUAGAAAAUUGGCAGUAAAGGCAAGAGAGAAAUAUAGAAAGUCGAUGUCAGUAUUUCUGUGAAAUACGUCCUCCUAAAGUUGGCAGAAAAGCAAAAGGGAAUCAUUGACACUUGACAAAUCUUGGAAUUCUCAGAAAAUGGAGAAUCAAAGGCAUGGUAAAAUUGUUCGUGGAUUUUCAAUGGUCGAUCCAGAAAUGGUCUCGGAGCUACACACAAACAUCAAGGCUCGAGGCUGCGAGAAAUAUGAGAUAGCGUGUUUUAAUUUCACAUUGCCAGAUUUUACCCAGUUUGAUCAAGAGUUCGUCGCUUUUCUCAUGAAAGAUUUGAUUGAAAAUUCAACAUUAAAAGCUCUGGAGGAGUCAGGUAUGUCCCCCUGGAAUAUUACAUUAAAGAUAUGUUGGCAGGGGGGGUUAUGAAAUUAUUCCCAAUAGGUGUCUCACACCAGCUACAUUUUCUUUCACAGGCCAUCUCAACUGGUGGACGCAAAGCACCAGUUUACAACGUUUAUAUCCAUUGUUGACAUCAGGUGACGGCAACUGUUUAUUACAUGCUGCUUCGCUUGGAAUUUGGGGCGUCCAUGAUCGAUGGUUGAACCUACGGCAAGAUGUCUACCACACGCUGUCGUCAAGUGAGGCUGAGAAAACUUUAAAACGACGCUGGCUUUGGUACGAGUGGAAGAAAAACCUUGAAGAGCAGGUGAUAUUUAAUGCUGAUGAGUGGGAGAGAGAAUGGAAAAAUGUUUUAAAUAUGGCUGACGCUAAACCUAGACCACGGCAACCAUUAUCUACCGUCCCUGAGGGAAAUGCCGUUGAGAAUAAAGAAACAUCCAGUACCUUAACAAGAAAAAUGAGCAACAGCUGGCAGCCUCAUUAUGAGAGUCUUGAAGAGAUCCAUAUAUGUUCCCUUGCACAUGUUUUACGUCGACCAAUUAUAGUUGUUUCAGAUACCGUAGUGUACGAUUUCCAAGGUGUCCCCAUAUCACCCAUCCCGUUCGCUGGUGUGUAUCUUCCGGUUGAGUGUGACCCCUCGGAGUGUUGCCGCACCCCUCUUGUGCUUGCAUAUUUCUCCUCUCAUUUUUCACCAGUUGUGUCAACUGAGUCGUGCAAUGAAGCCAUGGAAAGCAGUGUUGAUGCAAACAGUUCUACUUCAGGUAUCGGUAUGAACUUUUUAGUCUAUUUUAUAGUUUAUAUUAAUCAUUAUUUCAUCUUCAAUUUCAAAUUAGGAUCGGGAGAAUUGCCCCUGGGUGAGCUAGGUGAGCUGCCAAUGGUCUACCUGUGAGUUUCCUGGUUUUGGAAACUCUGAACAGUUUACUUGUGAGUCUAGACCAUAAAACCCCCACAAAUUUGGGGGAAUGCAUUCAAUGAAUUGCAUGAUGAUCAUGCUUCCCACAUUCUGUUUAUAUACUGGCCUUGCUGAUAAUAACCUCCAGAUUUUUAAUCAUCUGACCUGGGCAAAGAAAAUACUGUUUGUAAGAUAAUUCAUAUGUGUAUAAAUGCAGCAAACAGAUGGUGGAGUUUGAUAUGAUGGUAAUUUGCAUGCAUAGCUCUUGAUGGAUGGUCUGUUUCUAGUGUAAAUCAGGCCAGUUAUGAAUUAAGGUACUAUUAAGGCUUCUAUAGUUGGCAAGUGAAUGUUGCAAGAAGUACCUUGAAACAUAAUAUGAAACAUAACAUAAUAUGAAACAUGCUUUCACUUGUCUUCAGGUACCAAAUCUGAUAGACCCUCCAACUCUCCACCCACAACAAAUACAGCGUCAGCCAUCCAAACAGCCAUGUCUUCGAUUUAUCAAGUAACAAAAUCCACCUUCCUUCAAGCAGCCAAGUCGUUAAGUCCAACCAGCGUGCCAAAAUUGACCUUGCCCUCAAACACAUCCAUUCAUGUAGCAAUCCCUCUUGUGGAUAAAGAUUUAAAAACUUUACCAUUGCCAUUUGCCGCAGACCCGGGCCCAAACUGGAAUUGGUUAGAGAAUGAAAAUAGUGAGGAUAUUAUCAAGGAGAAAAGUCUAACAGAUGAAGAGCGAAUGUCACUACUUAAAAAGUACCUUGAUGUUGUUGAAAUUGACGUAAAUGUACAGCAAGUAUCAGGUCAAAAUAAUGUCAGUAAUAUGAGCAGUGGGACAGGAGACAAUCAAACAAAUACAAGCAAUAAGACACAAGAUAGUCAAGUGAAUUCCCCUCGCAAAGUUCCUGUUGCCGUUCUUCCGUGUGAUAACCAACCAAGUUUCUAUAAAGAGGUUAUCACAGGAUAUUUAGAAAAAGCAAAGGAAAGAUUUGAUUUUGAAAAAGAAACUAAACUAGCUGAACCAAUGAAAUCGACACCAAGUUUGAAAUGUGCAAAUGAUGAUUGUGAUCUGUAUGGUACUGUUGCAAAUAAUUAUCUGUGUACAAAAUGUUUUCAACUUCAGUCCAAAUCAUUUGGAAAGUUCCAAGGUCCCCGGCCGUCAUAUGAUCCUCCGUCAUAUUCUGAGGCAGUUGGUGAAGAAGUUUUUCACCCUCCAAGUUUUGCAGGGAAAUCUUCAAACACAGCGAAAACAUUACAAGAAAUGUCUGUAGAAUGUCGAGCACCUGCAUGUUCAUUCUACGGCACGCCUGGUAAAAAUGGCUUUUGUUCAAAGUGUUAUUAUGAAAACAAGAAAUAAAAAAUGAUACCUUGGGCUACAACUAACUUGACUUUUUGUAGAAGAAAUUAGCAUGAAGCUAAAUUGCUUCAUGCUUUAAUUUUAGAAAGUGUUUAUGCUGUUAAAAGGUGAAACACAGUGAAGACAUUAGUAAAAUUAAUUUGUAAUUAUAAAAUGAUACAAUUAGAACUUAUAUUAUGGGUGGGUGGGUUGAAACACAGUAGGGAGACAACGGCUAUUAGGGCCACCACUCAGCGUCAAAAAGUGUCUGCAUUGUUUACUGACUGCCAACCUAAUUAACAUAUUGGCAGUCAGUAAACGGCAGCAGUUCACUGUAAAAUUGUAUUACAGAGUAAAUGGUUUUGACUGUGCAAGACAUCAGGGACCUAGCUUAAAAAAAUCCCACUUUUGUCUCCCCUGAGUGGCCCUACUUGUUCCUAUACUGUGGUUGAAGUAAGAUUCAAAGUGCAUCACAUGGUGUUGACCGACUUGAAAUGUAUCUUGUGUUUUUGUGGAGUUUUAAUGGGAACAUUGAGCAUCAUUUGUUUGCACUGAUAAAUCGAAAACCAUUUGAAGUUGCCCACCAUGUGUAGCACGACAGGCAAGACUGAAGUCCACCUGUACCAGCCAUUUAACAUUGUUGUCUGAAGGUCAAAAGCAAAAUGAACAAAUAUAUUAUAUCCCUUUCUUAUUUAAAAUGAUUGUUCGUAGCAUUAAUUACACAUUGUCUAUGUCUUAUUUUAAUCUAUUGUAAAAUUCAUCCAAUUUUUUGUGAAGCAGUCCAUGGUGUACUCUAUGUCUCAUCAGAUAAUGUCCCUCCAGGUGGAAUACAGGAAUGUCAUAUUUAUAUUUAUCAAACCAUGUCUUGUUUUCAGCCAGGGUAAUAUCAACCUCCUUCAAUGUGAACUUUAUAUAAAAGAGAAAAGGUUGCAAUUAUACAUGGAAUCUACAUAGAAUAACAUGAACACCUUCUCACUUAUAUGCACCAGUCAUUGCUAGUCAUGGACACUUUGUGGGU